CCUGCCCAGGUGCGGCGGGCGGAGGCGGCGGCCGCGGCGCGGCAGUGCCCCCUGUGCCGCCGCCAUGAGCAGCGCCGAGCCGCCGCCGCCGCUCGGGGCCGGGCCGCGGGCUCAGCCCGCCUGGAAGCGGGAGAUCCUGGAGCGCAAGCGGGCCAAGCUGGCCGGGGCGGCCGGCGGCGAGGCGGAGCCCCCGGCCGGGCAGGCGGCGCGGGGCUCGGUGGCGGCGGCGGCGAUGGGCGAGCGGCUGGUGGUGGCCGAGAGCCUGGGCCCGCUCCGGGAGAACCCCUUCAUGCGGCUGGAGAGCGAGCGGCGGCGGCUGCGGCAGGGGCUGCCCGGGCACGGCCCCGAGGCGGCGCGGCCGCUGCAGCAGCUGCUGGAGCUGUACAGCGCCGUGCCGGGCAUCCGCACCAUCCGCGCCGACAACAUCCUCAUCAUCGAGUCGCAGCCCGACGCCGCCGCCGCCUCCUGCUUCGCCGACGGGGACUCGCUGCCGGGACGCCGCCGGGAGCCGGCCGCCGCCGCCUCCUCCUCCUCCUCGUCCUCCUCCCCGCCAGGGCGCCGCCCGGACCCGCUGCGGGAGCUGCUGGCCCGCCAGGGCGCCGCGCUCGCCGAGAUCCGCGCCGAGCAGGUCUUCAUCUACGAGGCGGCCGAGACGCCCGAGGCGGCCGAGCCGGGCACCGUCAGCCGCCUCCUGGAGAAGUUCGGGCAGCGACCGCGGGGCCGCCGCCGCCGGGGCGGGGAGGCGCUGCCCGGGCCCGCCGCCGCCGCCGCCCCCCCCCGGGCCGCGCCGGGUUCCCCCCCGCCGGGACCGGGCUCCCCCCGGGCCGCGGCUCCCCCGAAGGGACCGGGCUCCCCCCGAGCCUCGGCGCCGAAGACGGGACCGGGACCCCCGCCGGCGGCACCGGGCUCCCCCCUGCCCUUGCCGAUCUCCCCCCGGGCCGCCACCCCCCAGCCGCUGCCGGCGCCCCCCCUGCCCCCGGCGUCCCCCCGGGCAGCCGCCCCCCAGCCCCCGGCUCCCCAGGCGGCCCCGGUGUCCCCCAGGGCUGCGGCCCCCCAGGCGGUCCCACUCGCCCCCCAGGCACCGCUGGGUGUCCCCAAGGCCGCGGCUCCCCAGGCCAACUGCUUCCUCCACAAGAUUGGCUCCAACUCCUUCACUGUGACCCCACGGGGUCAGCCCCCCACCGGCCGUGUCCCCGAGCCAGCUGGCCAUGUCCCUGAGCCCCCCGGCCGUAUCCCCAAGCCCAUCGACCGUGUCCCCGAGCCCCCCGGCCGUGUCCCCAAGCCUAUUGAUCAUGUUCCUGAGCCCCCCGGCCGUGUCCCCAAGCCUAUCGAUCAUGUUCCUGAGCCCCCCGGCCGUGUCCCCAAGCCUAUCGAUCAUGUUCCUGAGCCCCCCGGCCGUGUCCCCAAGCCUGUUGACCGUGUUCCUGAGCCCACCGGCCGGAGCAUGCCGCCCAAGGGGCCAACAGUGCCAUCCACCAGCGCUGCCAACGCCAGGAGGCCAAAGCCGGAGGAGGCCGAAGCGGCUGUGUCGCCCCCACCCAGUGCCAGUCUGGCCCCCAGUGCCACCCAGCCGCUCUCUGCGUCUGCCCCCCGAGCUGGGGGCUCCUUUGAGAUCCUCCCGGCCCCCAAGCCCGACUUGGCUGCCAUCCCUGCCCACGACCUGCAAGCGCAGGCCCUGGCCAAGCUGCGCCUGAAUUCGCGCAACUCCUUCGUCUUCGUGCCCCGACGGGAGGGCGGCCAGGCUCUGCCCGUGGCACAGAGCACGGGAGCGAGGCCGCCGCCAUCCCCGCAGCAGAAGGUACAGAAAGAGCCCCCGAGGGUUUCCGCUCCGGAGCAGGAAGAGCCUGUCGCUUCCCUGCCGGCGCCUCUGGAUCCGUUGGUACCUGUGACUUACAUCGAUGACAUUGUGGAGCCAGACAGCGGGGAGCUCUCCCCCAGGGUCAACUUGGCCACGAGGACUGGGAACUUGGCAGAUCAGGCUGGAGGAGCUGGCCCUGACCUGGAGAUGGAGUUUUCCUCUGUGCCCCUCUACAGACCUCACUCUGCCUCCCCUGGUCUCCAUCAGAGGGGAGGCAACACCUUCACUGUCGUGCCCAAAAGGAAGCCCGUUGCCUCGGGGCCGCAGACUCUUACUGAUGCUGGUGGAAGGCUUCAGCGGGAAGAAGAGGAGGAAGAAGAAGAAAGCAAAGGAAAAGGCAAAGCUGUGGAGAAUGUCGAUGGGCCCCAGGUGGGGUUGUCCCAUAAAAAGCGCUACCCCACCGUCAACGAGAUCGAAGUGAUCGGUGGGUACCUGUCCCUGGAGAGGUCCUGCAUGAGCAAGACAGGCUCCCGCCGCAAGAAGAUGAAGAUCUCCUUCAACGAGACAAGUUUGCAGACCAUGUUUGAGUAUCCGUCAGAGAGCUCACUGGCAGAAGAAGAGGACGAAGAGGAAGGACACGCUUCUGAAACAGAGGAGGACAAGCCUUGCACCUUUCACAUUCCACGCCCAAAUAGCACUUUGCAUCCCAGUACACCUAACUCAGCAGAUCUAUCCAGCUACACCCCAAAGCACUCUGUGAAGUUCAGCGAGUGGCAGGAGCAGAAGUACGAGGAGAUGCCUGCUUCCGAGAGACCCCUCCUGAAGGAAGCUGACUCCCAUGGGAACCAAGUCAUGCUCACCCCAGCGGAGAAGGGCGGACUCUCCGACUUCAGCAGUGAGCCUGCCCUGUACUUCUGAUCGCUUCAUCCUGUAGCCUGCAGCAGCAGCUGCUGGACAGAACCCGUCAGUGCAUCUCCCGAGACUCCACGCAAGCACCACAGAAAUAAGCUUCUGGGUCCCUCCCUCAUCGCAAGUUUUCAGAGGAUUCUGAUGCCAAGGGUGGACUAGAUGCCAUUGGGUGUCUAUGGAGAAUAUUUGCACUGGAUUCUGGGACCUAACUACUACUUUUAGGGCAUAUGACUUACUCUACCUGUGGCCUUGCAUAUUCCUUGUUCAAGAUCAGCUGUCGAUUAGACAAGCCUCUUAAGAACCCACCUGUAAUACAGGAUGGAUGCAGAUUCUCUUAGUACUUACCUGAGUCUGCUCAUCCAAGCAUUGUAUGGGGUCUGGACAGCUUUUGUAACACUUCCUUACUGGGGUCCCUAACGAGAGAACAGUUCUGAAGGUUGAGCACUGGGAAUAUCUGGGCAGGUAGCUGGAUUCACAGAAGGGGUUGUGAUGUGACAGUGGGAUUACAGUGGGUGUCAGCUUGGAGAACUGUUGAAGGUUCAUGUUUUGUUCCCAAAAUGUUUCUGGGUCUAGUUUCCCUGAGCUGUCAUGGAAUUUAUGUGCCAGUUACGUUCUUGUGAAGGAAGCUGAAUGUGAGGGAUGGGAAGGGGAAUAAAUGCUUUUAGUUUUAGGUGUCACUUUUGCACUGAUCUGUAAAGAAGCGCCCAGUCUAGCUUGGCUUGAGCCUCUUGAAAGAUUCCCAAACAUUGGCCAUAGCUUUGAUCUCUCCGUAACUGCCUCUGCUGUCCAGUCUCUAAUAAUUGCUAAUCGUGCUUGUUUGCCAGUUCCUCUUAUUUCGUUCCAGAAUCUAAUGAGGCCAGGUCCACGAUUUAUUUGUCUUGGUGGGGAGACUUGCUUCUUGCCAUGCUCACUCUGCUUCUCUAUGCAAAGCACAGAAGGGCUGUUUCACUCCUUUCUUCUGCAGAACUUGAACAAGGAAUAUGAUUUUUUUUCUAGUGUUUUUAUAGUUCCAUUGUAAAUGUUUAAUGCAGCCAAUAUGCAAAGAAAUCUGCUAGACUCUUCCAUUUAAAUUCUCUACUACUGUAAACUCAGGGUCAAGAUUGCACUCUGGAAAAGACUGAACACUGCUGCUAAUGUGAUUUGUACUUCUGAGAUUAAAAGAUGCGGUUGGAAUAGA